AUGAGUCGAUCGAAUGUUAAUCUAUUGAAUUUACCUGACGAGAUAUUACUGCUUAUUUUGAAAAAACUAAACAAUAUUGAUGUUCUUUAUUCAUUUAUCGACGUUAAUAAUGACCAUUUGAAUAGUCUAGCACAAGAAAAAAUCUUCAGUGAUACUAUCAAUUUGGUAUCUAUUGAUAAUGUUUCUGCAAUUGAUCAACAGAAACUUGAUCGAUUUUGCAAGGUUAUAUUGCCAAAAAUUGAUGAAAAUGUGAAAUGUUUUACUCUUGAACCACUUUCAAUGGAAUGUAUUCUUCUUGCUGCUGAGUAUUCAAAUCUAACUGAACUUAAACUUUUUAAUUUCACGCAAGAUAUUGACUUAAAUUAUUUUACAAGUAAGAAAAAAAAACAAUAA